CUGCAGCAGGAGGAGGAGGGUUUACAACGAGCGAGCGAGAGGAGGCAGAAGUUGUAAGGAGGAGGCUGGUCUUACCACGGCAAGCGCAGGGAAAAGGUGAAAUGAGCCCUCGGAAACUUCGGUGGGAGAGGAAACGUUACCAAAGGACCAAACGAGCUGCCUGAUUGUUGAACCCCCCGGCCCUCGUCCAGGGCAAGGGAUGGGCCAGACGUCAGUCUCCACUCUCUCUGAGCAUGCAAGUGUUGAUGGGAUAGAUAAAGCAUCAAUUGGAAAUUCAGAUGGGCCAACCUCCGGGUCCCGAACUCCUCCUUUCAAGAGAAAGGGCAAACUUUCCAGCAUUGGCAAAAUCUUCAAACCGUGGAAAUGGCGGAAGAAAAAGACAAGUGAAACAUUUAGAGAAACAUCAGCAGUGCUGGAAAGAAAGAUAUCAACCAGGCAAAGCAGAGAGGAGCUGAUAAGAAGGGGUGUCCUGAAGGAAAUAACUGAGCAAGGUGGAGAUGUAACUGUAAACUAUGAAAUCUCCAAUGGACACACAAUAGUCAUUGGUGAGGAAGCCAUACAGGAAGAAAACAUAAAGACCACCGAAGACAAUAGUUCCAACUCAACAAAGCCACCCACUCUAGAAGAGAAAAAAGAGAACAAAAAAGAGAAACCUCUUCCCAAAGAUCCUGAAACAUCAGCACCCCGUGCUCUGCCACCGCCUAAAUCUAAGCCUAAAGCUAAAAAAGCAACCAUACCUCCAAAAAAUGCCGCUGCUGCUGCUACCACUAGCCAUAAGACUAAUGAAGUGCCACAUGCUAAAAAAAAAGGCAAGGUGCCUGCUAAGCAGACCUCUGCCCCACCUCCCAAGCCAACAAGCCGCAAUGUGAAUCGAGACGCUGCUAGUUCGUCCCAUGUAAAAAAAGUGCAAGCCUCCAAGUCUUCUUCAUCUCCUUCAUCAUCAUCAUCAUCUCGCCCUAAGAUCUCUAAGGAGCUAUCAUCAACCAAAACAGGCAAAGGAACUCCUAGGGAUAAGAAAAAGGUUGGAAAACAAGUGACUACGCGAACACCUGCAGAUGGGGACAUUUCUCCUGCUUCAAAAUCAAGAACAGGCAACUCAGAAACAAAGGCAGAAGCCUCUAAUCCAGAAGAGACUCCCUGCAUUGUUCUUGAAACUGAAGAUACAAACCAGCCCAACACAGCUACUGUUCCUCCCCCUCCGCCUGCUGUUCCACCUCCUCUUCCUCCAUCCAUCCCAUCUCCAGGCUCUCAGCCCACUGGUUUUUCAGACAUACAACAUGUGCCAGUUAGCAGUGAACUAGGCCUGUCUGUUCCUGGCACAAAUUCUAAUGUUCUUCAUAUGAAAACUGAAGUAGACAAUGAAAGCUACUCGAGUCAUGCUGUUUUAGACAAUAACCUGGAAACUGGGGGAGAAGACACAGAAUGUUCUGUUACCAAUGAAGACCACGAAAAAGUGAGCCCUAGCCCAGAAAGUCCUGAGUUGACAGAUGACUCUUCUGAAGCCUUGAACACUCCAGAGAGGGAAAGCAGCAAAGAGAAUCACACCAGUGACUCAGAUUCAGAUGGGCCGAUACUCUACACAGAUGAUGACGAUGAAGAAGACGACGAUGAUGCAGGUAGUACAAGCUCGUUAGCAAGUAAAAUCCGUCGUAGGGAUACUCUUGCAAUCAAACUUGGCAACCGACCAUCAAAAAAAGAACUGGAAGACAAAAACAUCUUGCCGAGAAAUUCUGAAGAGGAGAGGCAGGAAAUCAGACAGCAGAUCGGCACAAAGCUAGUGAGGAGGCUUAGCCAGAGGCCUACUUCUGAAGAAUUAGAACAAAGAAAUAUCCUGAAGCAGAAGAAUGAAGAAGAGGAACAAGAAGCUAAAAGAGAACUAAAGCGCAGUCUCAGCAGAAAGCUGAGUCUGAGACCAACAGUGGCUGAACUUCAAGCUAGGAGAAUCUUACGUUUUAAUGAGUACGUGGGAGUGAUGGAUUCUCCAGAUUAUGACCGUCGUGCCGACAAGCCCUGGGCAAGGUUAACACCUGCAGACAAGGCAGCAAUACGGAAAGAAUUAAAUGAAUUUAAAAGCACGGAAAUGGAAGUACAUGAAGAGAGCCGACAGUUUACAAGGUUUCACCGUCCAUAAUUGUUUGAAAAUAGUCUGUAGUCUAGAUGUGAAAAUCUUUCCUGGGGAUAGCAGAGCAUCCUGAAGAACUGAGAGUGCUUGGGACCUGGAAUGACUGCCUGAAAUCACUGAAGAAUGUGGCCCUCAUGUUUAACAAUGACUUGGAAGUAAUACUGGGGAGUAAUGUGGAUGUGGCAAUAUCAUAAAAGAAGAAGUGGCCUAGCAACCCUCUUAUUCAAAGCCAAAAUCUCUUCUCAUUAGCUGUUUGCCAGAAAAGAAGAGCAGAAGAUCAUUGUUGUCAGGAAGUAGUAAUAAUUCACUUUUUGGGGGGGGAGAAUAGUCUACUUGUCAGCCAACACAGAAUGAACGAAAUUAAUAGCAUUCUUCAUGGAAGCAACUUCAUGCUAUAUUUAGACUUUGGAACUUCUUGACUUCUUGAAAAUGCAAAUUCAUGAAUGUCAGCAAUUCUAUAAGUGUCCGUUCCAGAAUACUCAGCUUGUGAUAUCCAGGUGGAAAACCACCGAAGACUUCUUUUCAACAGAGCUUACAGAGCAGGAAUUUAGCAUAGGAUCACUGAAAGUUUCAGUAAUUACUUUAAGAACAAUUCAUAGGUGUAUCUACAAAUUAUCCUGCUUGUCAAAAGUACAUUGAGCUUGCAGUCUUGAUCAUGGGUUUAUGUAAGUGCUUAGAGGUAUGUCAGUAGAACCUUCAGGCAGGUAACUGCUGGAUUGCAACACACAUAUAUGUUUUAUUUAAAAACUUAUUUUAAAGGAAAACUUCAGGCCCCCCUUCCAUGAUCAUGUAUCAGUUUGGGUAAUAUAGUUAGGGAAGACAGUAAGUAAGUAACAGAAAGAUUCAGGCUUUGAAAUGCUUUAAAAGCUGCUUUUCAGGUCACAACAAUCAUGAUGACUUCUAAUCAUUCUUAGGCAGACAGUACCGACAAUCAGAUUUUGAAGCCAAAAUCAGAAAUGAAAGUAAGUGAUUAUCAAAUAGUUCUGGACUGCAGCUAAUAAUGGCUUAAUUUGGACGUAAAGCCAUGGCUUACUAAGGUUAGUUUGUGAAACCAGGACAAUCACUCAAGUAUCGGUUUGCCUUGACAAGCGCUGGUUUCAUUUCCUUCUCUAUAGCCUGAAGGGUCGUCACUGAAGAACAAGCCAAAACAUUUAACAAGACAUCACUCAAAACAAUAGUUAAGAACUGUGGUUACUAAACCAAGGAGAUCCUUCUUUGACAGACCCUAACAAACCAUAGUUACUGGAGUGGUCUGCAUUCAGUCACACUAACUAUAGUUAUUUAAAACCAUGGUUCUGUGUGAUGUCUGAACUGAGACUAUAUACCGGGGGUGGGGGGGAGUAGCUCAAGCUUCUUUGGGUCUGGAGACUCUAUCUGACCCUUCAAAGUUGUGCAGCUGCAUGCUGCUGCCAUGCGCCUACACACUAGUGUUUGGCUGCUCCAAAGCAGAAGAGGGGAGGGAUAUUUUUCCAGGGGAAAAGCAUUGGCUGUCUGCCUAGAUCCUGUGGGCACCAUAUUGCCUACCCCUUUAGGACUAACUGAAGAGGAAAAAAAUAUCACGCGCAAAAUCCGUCCCUGUAUGAGAAUUGUGCCUGCACACAGAAGGUCAACAUAGGGAAUAACAGAACCUCUUCUUCCUCACGGCCCCAUCUUGGUGUAGACAUACAAGCAUUACACCAGAACAGCCUGUAGCACCUGGAUGUGCCUGCCAUCUAUCCCACCAUCCUCUGUUCAGUUAAGUUGAGGAAAAACCUAGAUGAAUAUGGGAGAAAGACAAAGAUCAUCCAUUCCAGUAAGGCCUGGCACACUACAUAUCCUUGUGCACGUGACUUGAAAAGGUGGAGGCAGUAGCAGGGGAGGGCAUCAGCCUCUUUGCCUCCAGGGCAACUGGUUGGCCGCUGUGUGAGAAUGCUGGACUAGAAGGACCACUGGUCUGAUCCAGCAGGCUCUUCUUAUGUUACUAACUGGGCUCUGUUGUUGGCCUGUGGUGAUCUCCUGGUAGGCACUGUGACCACACACAGGGAGGGACUGUGUUCUGCGUACCAAUAAAUCCUCAAGGGCAUUGUGAAGACUCCAAAAAGUCCUUGGAAUCUACAGCCUGUAUCUGUUGUGUGAAUAAUAUGAAGCGAAUUGUCUACUUUUAUACUAUCUUGUGAUUGUAUUUGUGAAUACUUAGUUGAGUUUAAAUAGUAUGAGGUGAUGUGAAAAACAAUAUGUACUUUUAUUACAUUGGCCCUAAGAAUGGUGGCUUGUUAUAAGCCCAUUACAUUGUUUACACGAAAAAUGACUUAUCUUAGCACUUAUUUAUCCUUUUAAUGUACACAGUGAAAUUUCUGGGCCUGAAAUACUCAAGGGCAUGUAUUGCAGUAUUACAAUAUAUAUGUGCUAUUUAUCCUUUUUAAAGUAUGUAUAUACUACAGUUUAUUUUUGUCCAUGUGCCCUUUUUAGUUCUUAAUUAUAAAGUAUAUGUAUUUUUUUCAGGUAAUAAAUGGUCUCUAUGGUGAUUUUUUUUUUUUACCC